GGGAGGUAAAAAACGCGCACAUACACGAGACACGACCGACCCGACCGCGCCGUGACUGGUGUAGGAAAAAACAAAUCUUGCGCCWACGCCGCGCGUUCCGGGGGGAUCGUAUUUUUUCGACCGCGACACCACAUCGCCGCCGCCGCCACUAGUUGAUUCACGUUUUUCGUACCGGACGAGCGCGCGCGCGCCCGAACCACCACCGACCGUAUCCGACGCCGCCCGGCCUCCGCCGCCGCAGCCACCGCCACCGCAGACCGUAGGGUCAAAAUAAUCGCAUCCCAUAUCGCUCGAGCGCGUGUGUUCGUCUGUCCGUCCGUCCGCGUCUGUCUCGCGUCACACGCGCCCGCGCCACAACGCACGCCCAUACCGUAAGUCGCCGCACACAAGGUGCCAGCGUUUUCGCGGUCUGUCGCAGACAAUAAUUUUUUAUAAUUAUUAUAACCAUUACCGUAGUUCAGACUCGUGAACGAAAAUAAUAUAUUAUUAAGAAGGAGCAGAAGACGACGACGGAGAAAAGGGAUUCCGCCGGCCGAUCGAGGAAACACGCAUUAUAUUUCCGGAAGAAAUGCAGUUAUGAUCCCACAAAUCAUCAUGCAAGCACUUACGGUUCUGUGUGCCUUGUUUAUUGCAAGUGCAUCCGCUACACCAUGUCCACAUCCGUGCAAAUGUUUCACCUCUGAAAAUGGAAUACAAGUAGCUAAUUGUACCGACUUACCGGAUCAAAUGACAACCGCAUGGCCACAAAAAAUUCUCCGAAUUCAUUUCGAAACUGAUCGAGCGUCAACGAUAAUGUUGAAAAACAAGGCGUUCAAACACUUCCCGCGUCUUACGUAUCUAGAUAUUACUGGAGGUACGAUACAUUACGUGGGAAAUUUGGCGUUUGAUGGGUUACCGGAACUAUUGGAACUUAAUCUUGUAGGAACGGGAAUUAGAAAACUACACCGAAACACCUUCACGAACAACCGAAAACUGGCAUUCUUGUCAUUGAGUAAAAACCCUAGACUGUUUGUGGGUCCUUCAUUCCUCGUGUCCGAAUCUAUAACCGAACUUGACUUAUCAGAAUGUGGGUUGACCACACUGAAAAGUGUGUAUUUUAAAAAUUUGCCUAAUUUAAAAUACUUGUUUGCUACGAAAAACGAACUCAAAUCACUUGGAUCACAAUUUGGACCUUCCGGUGUCAAGUUUGUAAACCUCGCACACAACCAAAUCGAAUAYAUCUACGAAGACUUGGAAGCAUAUAAACGUUUGAGAACAAUUGAUCUUACCGGAAAUCCAGUUAACUGCACGUGUGAACUUUCGGAAAUUGAUAAAAAAUUAUCGUCCAAGGGCGUAGCUUUCGGAAAUUCGAUUACAUGUAAUAAUACAGGAAAACCAUUGGGUGAUAUGUUUGAAGUAUGUUCAGACAAAGAAAUGCUGGGAGACGAUCCUAUGGACAUGUACCAAGCAGAUCAUUUAUUAAAAAUUGAUAAAAGUAUGAUACAAUCAAUAGAAGAAAUUGAUGAUUCUGGUUCGGGGUCAGGUAGCGGAGAUAGUGAAAUUACGACGAUAGACGUUAAAUCUACUGCACAYACUGAAAUCAAUGAUGCAAAACAUAACACACAAAUUGACGAAGUCAAAAACAAUACACAAGUCGAAGAAGUARUAAUUACCAAAACUCACGUGAAUGAUACAUUUAUAGUUCCUAAAAUCGAAACGACUUCAAYAGAACCCUCUACUACCACGGUGGACGUAUCGACCAAAGAYAAAACAGAUGACACUACUAUACUCCCGACCGAGGAAGUAAUGGUUCACGUUCAACCUUCGGUCAAUCCAUCAGACGGAAAUUCAUCCACUAUGCGAUCCAGCAUGGACCGUGGAAUUGUCUCACAGACGAUACAAGCGCAAGCGCCAGAAGACGAAGACAAUGUCCAGACCCAGGUAGCCGAGUUCUUAAAGUCUAAUGUAUAUAUAGCUGGAACAGCGGCCAUAUUGUUAAUAGUCAUCGUGGCUAUUGUUUACAAAGCCGUGUGUUUGGGAAAAUCACGGAGUCACAGUAUCGUGUCCAGUAAUGAUAAGUCCGUCGAGCUCAAAGAUAUCAAAUACGAAGCGGCCAACACGGAGGACGCACGUGACGAUUCACCGGCUAGUUCGGUGGAAGAGAACUUGCUGGGAGACCACGAUAGCGACGACGAAGACGACAGUAUCGGCCCCAACGAAGAUGAUGUAUU